CGGCGCUAUAAAGAGCCGCGCCGGGGGGCAUCCGCGGCCGGGCGGGCAGGGAGCGAGGGCGGCAGGCAUGGGGAACACGGUGGCCAGGGAGGACUUCGAGUGGGUGUACACGGACCAGCCCCACGCCGACCGCCGCAAGGAGAUCCUGGCAAAGCACCCUGAGAUAAAAGCGUUGAUGAAGCCAGACUACAACUUGAUCUGGGUGGUCGUGCUGAUGGUUCUUGCGCAGCUGACUGCAUUUUACCUGGUUAAAGACUUGGACUGGAAAUGGGUGGUCUUCUGGGCAUAUGUCUUUGGGAGCUGUAUCAGCCACUCCAUGACUCUGGCGAUUCAUGAGAUCUCUCACAAUAGUGCCUUUGGCAACAGCAAAGCGAUGUGGAACCGAUGGUUUGGAAUAUUUGCCAACCUCCCUCUUGGUCUCCCGUAUUCAAUAUCCUUCAAGAGAUACCACAUGGAUCACCAUCGUUAUUUAGGAGGCGAUGGGAUCGACGUGGACAUCCCUACCAACUUUGAAGGCUGGUUUUUCUGUACCCGCUUUAGGAAGUUCAUAUGGAUUGUUCUUCAGCCAUUCUUCUAUGCCAUUAGGCCUCUCUGCAUCAAUCCCAAACCAAUUACUCGACUCGAAAUCAUCAACUUGUUGGCUCAGCUUGCCUUUGAUGUCAUGAUAUAUUAUUUAUGGGGAGUCAAAUCCAUUUUUUACAUGCUUGCUGGUUCAGUACUUGGACUUGGUUUGCACCCGAUUUCUGGACACUUCAUAGCUGAACAUUACAUGUUUUUGAAGGGCCAUGAAACUUAUUCCUACUAUGGGCCGCUUAAUUUGCUCACUUUUAAUGUUGGUUAUCACAAUGAGCACCACGACUUCCCCAACAUUCCUGGCAAGAGCCUCCCACUGGUGAAGAAGAUAGCGGCUGAAUACUAUGACAACCUGCCACAGUAUAACUCCUGGAUAAAAGUGCUUUAUGACUUUGUGAUGGAUGAUACAAUCAGCCCAUAUUCACGCAUGAAGAGGCAAUUAAAGGGUGAAGUGAAACAAGAUUAAAGUUCUGGCAAACAAGAAACUUUGAAAUGUCUGCUUGCUUUAAAGUGACUGGUAUAAGGUCUCUUGCUAAAGAUGUUGACUAGUGUCCUGAAUUAAGAUCUACAGCAACACAGCAAUGCAUUCUUAAAGAUAUUGUAGCAGACUACUACCAGCUAUAACAUUCCUAGCAGUCCUCAGAUUCCUUGGUUAAAUGUAUAUAUGUUUGCCUAAAGAUCAGUGUUACAUGCUUAAUGCUAAAUUACUUCGUUAAAGGAUUUACUCUGGCAGUUGUUCAGUCUGUACAAAAUACAUUUGGCUCUCAAUAUUUUAAAGGUUCCCAGUGUAGCACACUGCCCACACCAUGCUGUUUAGCUGACUGUAGUAUUAAGAUGCUGUACUUAGCUGUUAAUUCUAAACUAACAUGAUUUGUUAACUUAAAUCUUCUGUUGAACUUGUUUCCUGAUUUAUGGGUAGAACUAAAUUCACACAAAUGUUAAGUCUGCUUUUGUUGAAAUAUGUAAUGCCAUUUGAAGUAUUACUUGAAAGUGCUACCUGUCCUGCAGGAAGUAUCUUAAAGGAGCAUUCUGUCACUUAAAUGAAACUGGUAUGAUACAGGUGGCUUGUGAUACCACUGUAAAAAGUUGGAGAAUCUGUUCAACUAUCUUUGAGGGUCCCCAUCUACUCCUUAAACUGCUUGUGUUGGCAUAGAUCUUGAGCAGGCAGUGUUUGGCAUCUUGUUGUGUAAAGCUACAAGGUAACUGCAAGAUUUUUGCAGUACGGAAAAAAUCUCAGUUAUGUGGUCUGAAGUUUUUCCUCUUCUGUGGAGUAAGAUGGACUAGGUAGAACCUAGUUGUUUGUGCUGUUACUGUGGUUUUAAAUGCUAACUAAUAUUGACACUUGUUUAGAAACUUGGCUUAUAUGGAAAACUGGAUCAGUUAAGCAGAUAAUGUUCUGGCAAACAAUGCUAGCUACAACCACUGGCAACUCAACCCUUUAGGUAUGUUAGUCAUUUGUGUACACAGAAAGGUGUUGUUAAAUGUUACUGAUUUUUAAAUCGACAGUACCCGACAUAAAUACUGGCUUUCAUGCAUAUGAAAAUGUGGUGAGAGCA